CCCAGGCUCUGCGCCUGCUACGUCCCAACCGAGGUGCAUUGCACGUUCCGGUACUUCACAGCCGUCCCACCGCACAUCCCGCCAAACGUGGAGCGCGUCAAUCUGGGUUACAACAGCUUGCUUAAACUGACGGAAACAGAUUUUUCUGGCCUGGAGAAACUGGAGUUACUGAUGCUGCACAGCAAUGAGAUAAAUACAAUCCCUGAUAAGGUGUUCAGUGAUUUAUAUUCAUUACAGGUCUUAAAAAUGAGUUAUAACAAGGUCAGAGUGCAGGAUGUUUUUAGUGGUCUAAAGAACUUGGUACGCUUGCAUAUGGACCACAAUAAAAUUGAAUUUGUAAAUCCCAAUGUUUUCUACGGACUCACAUCACUGAGGUUGGUCCACCUGGAAGGAAAUUUACUUAAGCAGCUUCAUUCAGAUACUUUUGUCACCUUGCGCUAUAGCCAAAUAUUUAAAAUAUCCUUCAUGAAGCACAUAUAUUUGUCUGACAACAUGUUGACUUCACUCCCACGAGAAAUGUUUUCCUACAUGGCUGAGCUAGAGAGCAUUUACCUUCAUGGAAACUCAUGGUCCUGUGAUUGCAAUCUCCAGUGGUUUGCAGAAUGGGCAAAAGAGAGACCAGAUGUUAUAAAGUGCAAAAAAGACAGAAGUUCCGGUGCUCAGCAAUGCCCAGCUUGUGCUAGUCCCAAAAAUCAGAAAGGGAGAAGCUUAGUGGAUAUUCCUUCUGCAUCUUUAACCUGCACUAAGCCAGCUAUACAUGACUCCCUGAAAUUUAAAAACCUCACAGUGCCAGAUGAUGGGGAUUUCAGUUCCGUAUCUCCCAAGGACUUCGUUGCUCCUAUAGGAUCCAUGGUUUUGAACAUGACUGACCGAGCAGGAAGUCGCGGUAACUUGGUUUGCAACGUCCACAAACCUAAAGAAAUGUCUCCCAUCUCGUUUGACAAAGAUGGCAACCAUACAGUACUCAAAACAUCAUUCUCAGCAUUUCUUGUGUGUGGCAUUGAUUAUGAACACAUUCAGCAGCUGUGGAGCAUACUGGCACUGUACAGUAAUUCUCCCUUAAAACUGGAAAGGAACGUCCUAGCAACUAACAUGCCUUUUAUUAGUUACAAAUAUAAACAAAUCUACUCCGAAAAAGACGAACUUUUUACCAAUAUAGAGACUGAACUGAGAGCUGAACCAUCUUGGUUAAUGCAAAGCAAAGUGGCAUUACAGCUAGAUAGGACAGCAACCACACUUGACACAUUGCACAUCCAGUACUUUACGGAUGCUCGGAUUAUUUUGCCCAGUGCUGACAAAAAACAGGCGAGAAAUAACUGGACCAUCAUCUCGAGGGACAACAAAACACAAACAGAGCACACUGUUUUAGUCGGGGGGACAGUAGAACUAGAGUGCCAAGCAAUUGGAGAACCAGCUCCUGCAAUAGCGUGGAUAUUGGCUGAUGGGAGCAAAGUUAGAGCUCCUUAUGUCAGUGAGGAUGGAAGAAUCAUAGUAGUUAAAACUGGGACAUUCACGUUACGGACAGCUGAUACUUUUGACUCCGGGCUUUAUCACUGCAUUGGCACAAAUGACAACGAUGCAGAUACUCUCACAUUUAGAGUUACUGUGGUCGAUCCAUAUGUGGAACACAACAGUGUAAAUGGAGCCCAACUUUCUACAUUUGUUGGCGCCACACUCUAUCUUCCCUGUACGUCCACUGCUGUUCCAGAUGCUACCAUUAGUUGGGUGCUACCUGAGCAUGCGAUUCUUCAUCAUUCUGUAAGAAACAAACAUAUUUUUGACAAUGGUACCUUGAGAAUACAAGGGGUAACAGAGCGAGACGGUGGCUACUUUAGAUGUGUCGCAGCCAACCAGUAUGGUGUUGAUCUUUUGGUUUUCCAAGUGCUAGUUAGAAAGGACGAAACCACUCUAAAGAAAAAGCAUGUAGCUGUGGGAGAAUGGGAAGAGGGUGAUGGCUCUGGCAACGCAAUGCUGGCCUCUGCUACAGCAAAGAAACAUCCUUUAGCUACUCUGGCUACCUUGACAGCUAAUCAGGAAUCUGCUGCCUCAGCAUUCAGAAAUCGGGUCGCACAGAGUGCACAUAAAAGGAACAACUACGGGAAGAUGACUUACAGGCACUACAGGGACAAAAUAAGCAGGCGGUUUAGAGGACACAGAAGACAGUUUGUUUCCUCAGCCAGGCGAGUCGAUCCACAGCGGUGGGCAGCCUUUUUGGAAAAAACAAAGAGGAACUCGACAUUGAUAGGAAAACGAGGAGAAGUUGCAACGAAACCACCUAUUCAAGUCCAUAAGUUCUCAGAAGUACCUGGGGAUGAGGAGGAAACGUCUGGUGAUCUUGUGUCUCCAGAAGAAGAAUUCAUGAUACCAGUUACAGAGACAGCCACUAUGACUACGAGUAACACUCCUGCUAGGAAAACCUCUCUCCUGGUUGCAGAGGCAGUAACUCCCCUACCCUCUCCUUUUUCACAGUCUGUGUCAUCUGACAGCAGAAGGCCACAAACGUAUCUAAAACCUACAGUUACAAACUCAUGGGAAAGAUCUGAUUUAAGUCAAAUAUCAGCAAAUGGUAUAAAACAAUCAACUGUAUCAAGUAGAGCAUUUACACUCUUCCCUGCUGGCCAAAGGUUGGUAUAUUCUGGGGGAAGUAAUAACCAGCAUUUAAAAUCUGUAUCUACAACACCCAUGACAGCUGUUACAGACACCAGCAAAUCUGUAACUUCCCAAAACAAACUGGACAAGCUAUAUGAUUUUACUGAGUCUAUUGAUGAGCUUUCCACCAAAACAGAUCACCAGCUAUCUGUAGUGACAGUCAGUGAACCAAGCCCUGAAUUGGGUCACAGUUAUUUUCAUCGUACUCAGAAACGAGUAACUCCAAAUCCACCAUUGGCCUCAACUAUCAUUACUCAUCAGCAAAUUCAGAUUAUUCAGGAUGUUACAACUCAUACACCCCAGGCCCAGCAGCAAUAUGGAAGACGAAGGAAAAUUUCUGGUAGGAGACAAAUUGUCAGACCAGGACGCAUUCCAAGUAUGAAAGAGCACAGAUACAAUUUUGGGAGGCCAGGGUCCAUCAGAGGAAGUACAGCUGUGGCUGCAGACGUUCAGCUGAAUAUGAAAUAUGUAUCAAAUUUACCAACCUUAAAUAAUUUAAGCAGCUCCAUCAACCCGUUUAGCCCAGAGACACCUCUGUCCUCCAGCUCUACCAUGAAUAUGCCAUUGGAGCACCCAGCGGGUACUCAUCAAAACACAGCAUUCUUCAGGGAAGAGGAAAAUGAACCUAGUGCUAGGCAAAAGGCUACUACGACAGUCAUGCCUUUCAUUACAGAGGGCACCCAAGAUACUCCUCAAUGGAAAUUAGAGAGCAGUGCUCCAUUUCAGACAAAUACUGAUAGAUUCCAACCUUUUAGCAUCAGACUACCGACAACAGCAAUCCACAGAGCUCAUAUUGCUACAGAAAUUACACAUACCAUACGCACUAAGAUAUCUUCUACCCUUGAAUCAGUCUCACCCAGCAUUAAGCCUAGAACCUCACCAAAAAAUUCCCAAAGAGGAAAAAUUACUUGGGAACAUCUCUUUGGAAAUGGUGCACAAAAAGAGGUUCUGAAGAAACUGCCAAAACAACAACUAGAUAUGUUUCCAUCAACAGAGGUAUCGACCAUGCUUCCUGAAACUACAGUAGCGUUAGCUAUGCCCACAAUGUCUCCUUUGCACUUUACGCCUAUUUCUACAGGUGGGAAUCACAGCAGUGGUUUCUUGUCUUUAAACAAACCCGCUCGUUAUGGCAACGGUGAGUCAGAAGAACAUCGUCCCACUGCAAAACCACGUUCUGACUCUCCUCUUGCAACUAAUGCAACCAAAGAAAUGGAUGUAACAAGUUUAAAGCCAACAGUUACACCUAUUAUUACUCCUCAAACUGACACCAAAGUCACCAAAAGUAAAACAUUCAGAGUGGGAAGAAAGAGAGGCCAGAGGAGGAAGAGGCCCCCUAAAACAUCUCCCUCACAAAGCGUGACGGCAGCCAACAGCACUGCAGCGAUUCCCUCUGCGAACACAGCCGCGCCUGCCGCGACAACAGUCACGUCAUUAACUGUGCCUACAAGUCUUACGCCCGCAAACCCCCUCUCCGAGAGCGCAAGUGCAGCCUCAGUGACAGAAGUGCCAGCACCCUGGAUGCUUAACACCCCAGAGGGGCCGUGGCAUGUGGCUAGGGCAGCCACGCAGACUUCGGUGACCCCUGUCACUCGGCAGGACGCCCCGUCGGCCGUGUUACCACCCGACGGUCAGAGCCCCGCCAAACUCAUCCCAGCCACCCCACCGCUUCCAGGACCUGUCAGCACCGCAAGCGCACGCUCUGCCACGAUCUGUGCAUCUGGCUCAGACCCUGCUCAGCAAAUCAAAGCCACCGCAACGGCAGGUGAAAAAUCAUGGCUGAAAGCGAAAGAGAGAGUCAUCCAAGGAAACCGUGUAACGCGUCCCACAUUCCCAGCGAGAUCCGAGUCAAGUACCAGAGCUCCUGCUGCAGCCAUCACUCCUCCCAGCGCUCGGCAACCCACCCCACCGCCGGCCCUAGCAGCGGCCGCGCCACCCACACCUGCUGCGAGAACCACCUCGCCUCUGUCGGGGGAAAGCGAGUCCUGGCAGAGGCCCUCUGCGAAAGUCGUAGAGAGGGGCAACACGUUAACUGUCCGCACGUGGGCCGUGCCGAGGGCGUCGCAGAUGGUGACUCUGUCCACAUCUCGGGGCGGGAGGGCCAAGGAUGGCUGGUCUGGAAAGAGGCAAGAUCAAGAAACUACCACCGCCAAUCCUAUAGCCUUGGACUCUUUAAGUAGAAAUCAUUUUACAAAGCCCAGAAUAAUUGGAGGAAAAUUAGCUGCUUUUACUGUGCUAGCUAACUCAGAUGCCUUUAUUCCUUGCGAAGCUACUGGUAACCCCCACCCAACAAUACACUGGACCAAGGUAUCAUCAGGGACUGAUGCUCUAGAAAGCCGAGGUGACGGCAGAUGGACGGUGUUUGCCAAUGGCACGCUCUCCAUCACCCGGGCAGGCCUGGAGGACCGCGGGCAGUACCUGUGCACCGCGGCCAACACACAUGGCGCGCCACGGCUCCUGGCCACCUUGUCGGUGGUGGCCUACCCGCCCCGCAUCACCGGCAGCAGGUUGCAGCUCCUCACCGCUCACUCCGGAAAGCCCGUGGCAGUGAAGUGCAGAGCUGAGGGCAGGCCUCCUCCCACCCUCUCGUGGGUUCUAGCAAAUAAAACUCACGUCUCUGACGCUUCCGCAGGAAAUAACAACGUUCACGUGGAACCAGACGGCACUUUAUUUAUCAGGGAAGUCACUGUUUACGACAGGGGCCUCUACACAUGCGUGGCUAAAAACCCAGCGGGCACGGACACGCUGGCUGUAAAACUGCAGGUCAUUGCGGCACCUCCCGCUAUUCUGGAGGAGAAGAGACAACGUGUUGAAGGGCUGAUGGGGGAGAAUCUGAAACUCCCUUGCACCGUGAAAGGGAAUCCUCAGCCCACUGUCCACUGGGUUCUGUUUGAUGGCACAGUGGUGAAACCUCUGCAGUUGGUAAACGCAAAGCUGUUCCUGUUCUCCAACGGUACCCUGCACCUCGGCAAUAUCGCUCCUUCUGACAGCGGGAAUUACGAGUGCAUAGCCACAAGCUCGACUGGCUCGGAAAGGAGGGUGGUGAGCCUUGUGGUGGAACGCAGAGAUACGCUUCCAAAAAUAGCUACUGCCUCUCAAGAAAUGACUCGGUUGAAUUUUGGGGAUAAAUUGCUUCUGAACUGCACAGCGACUGGGGAGCCAAAGCCCAGGAUCAUCUGGAGGUUACCCUCCAAGGCAGUUGUUGACCAGUGGCACAGAAUGGGAAGUCGAAUCCAUGUCUACCCCAAUGGCUCCUUGGUUAUCGAGGCAGUUACUGAAAAGGAUGCAGGUGACUAUUUGUGUGUCGCAAGAAACAAAAUUGGAGAUGAUCUGAUACUGAUGAAAGUCAGCGUCACAAUGAAACCGGCCAAGAUUGACCAGAAACAGUAUUUCAAGAAACUAGUGCCCUACGGAAAAGAUUUCAGAGUGGACUGCAAGGCCUCUGGGUCACCUGCACCAGAAAUAUCCUGGAGUUUGCCAGAUGGGACGGUGAUCAAUAACGCGAUGCUGGCAGAUGACAGUGGACGUAGGUCUCGCAGAUACAUCCUCUUUGACAAUGGAACUCUUUAUCUGAACAAAGUUGGAGUAACAGAAGGAGGAGAUUAUACCUGCUACGCUCAGAACACCCUGGGAAGAGAUGAAAUGAAGAUACGCAUCACGGUCAUCAUGGCAGCUCCUCAGAUAAAGCACAAUUACAAGACAUACAUUAAAGUGAAAGCUGGAGAUACGGCAUUACUGGACUGUGAAGCUGUUGGAGAACCCAAGCCAAAAAUAUUCUGGUUGCUACCUUCCAGUGACAUGAUCUCCUCAUCAACAGAGAGACACCUCCUGCACGCCAAUGGUUCCCUAUCAGUCAGUCAAGUCAAACUGUUGGAUGCUGGGCAGUACAUGUGUGUUGCUCGUAAUCCUGGAGGGGAUGAUACAAAAUUGUGUAAACUGGAUGUUGUUGCUAAACCACCCAUCAUAAAUGGUUUAUAUGUGAACAAAACAGUCAUGAAAGUGACGGCAGUGAGGCAUUCAAAGAAACAAAUUGACUGUAGGGCAGAAGGGACACCUCCCCCUCAGGUUAUGUGGAUCAUGCCUGAUAAUAUUUUCCUAACAGCUCCAUAUUAUGGGAGCAGGAUCGUCGUACACAAAAAUGGGACACUUGAGAUUCGGAACCUAAGGCCUUCUGACACAGCAGAAUUUAUAUGUGUGGCACGUAACGAUGGGGGAGAGAGUAUGUUGGUGGUGCAGCUGGAGGUAUUAGAAAUGCUACGGCGACCCAUGUUUAAAAAUCCAUUCAAUGAAAAAAUAAUAGUGAAACCUGGAAAAGCUACCACAUUGAAUUGUUCUGUGGAUGGAAACCCCCCACCUGACAUAAGCUGGAUGUUGCCUAAUGGCUCGUGGUUUUCCAGCGGCAUCAAGACUUCCCAGUUUCUCACAGGAAGCAACGGUACCCUUACCAUCUAUAACCCCGAGAGAGACCAAGCAGGGAAGUAUCGCUGUGCUGCCAGGAAUAAAGUUGGCUAUAUUGAAAAGCUGAUCAUCUUGGAGCUCGGCCAGAAGCCCAGCAUUCUCACUCACCCAAGGGGGCCAGUGAAGGGCAUUAGCGGGGAGCCGUUAUUGCUUCACUGCCUGUCUGAUGGGAGACCCAAACCAAACACAGCGUGGACUCUGCCAGGUGGCUACGUGCUGGAUCGACCGCAGAUCAACAGGAAACACAUACUGCUGGAAAAUGGCACUCUGGUUAUACGAGAAGCCACCGUUCACGACGGAGGAAACUACGUGUGCAAGGCCCACAACACUGCCGGAGAUGCCUCUGUAACCAUUCCUGUCGUUAUCGUAGCCUACGCCCCGAGGAUUACGAAUAGACCACCGCGGACCAUCCACACGAUGCCUGGUGCAGCAGUUCAGCUCCACUGCAUCGCACUGGGAAUACCCAAACCAGAGAUCACCUGGGAGUUACCUGACCACUCAGUACUCUCUACAGCUCACCAAGGCCAAGCAUCUGGGAGCCAACUGCUUCACCCUCCGGGGACGUUGCUCAUCCAGGAUCCCCAGCCCUCCGAUUCUGGUGCGUACAAGUGCACAGCAAAGAACCACCUUGGCAGUGAUUUCACAGUAACGUACAUUCACGUCAUUUGA